GAUCAACGCCUCCGCAGCUGGCCAUCAUCCCUCGAUCCUUCAUUUCAGUAUAAUCCCCAUCAAUCUCCAGCAGUCAUCAUCUUGCACAUGCAAUACGCCGCCGCCCUAAUCCUCCUCCACCGCCCCGUCGCCCACUUCGGCACAGACUCUGACUCAACCGCACACACUUCCGCCAGCGAGACCUCCCGCCAAAUCUGCGUAUACAACGCCUGCUUGAUCGCCCAGUACCUCCAAGAAUACUACGAAAAACACGGCAGCGUCCUCACAAUGUCCUGGGUCGCGCUCCACAUCAUCGCCACUGCAUCAACGACACUCGUCGCCAACAUAGCUGAGCGGAAAGGCUCCAUUGGUUUCAAAUCACAGCUUUCGUGCCUGCAGACCUGCAUGCGGUCGUUGAAUGAACUGGAGAAGAGCCAUGUGGUGACGAGGAGAGUGAGGAAGGUUAUCCAGCAUGCGAUUCGAUUGCUGGAUUUGGAUUCCACUAUUGAUUCCAUGUCUGCGUCGCUUCCGUACGAGGGUUCCUCGUCACAAUUGGCGGGGCUGUCUGCACCACUGGUGACGCCGAGUCAGGAUUUGGCGUUUGCGUCUGCGAGGUUGGAGGCCAUCCCAGAGGUCUUCCAGUUCAACGAUCUGCUACCUGUUUGGUCGCAAUUCGACAUGUUGAAUUCGUUUGAGUCAUAUUUUUCGGGAUAGAAGCUCUGGCCGCAAGAGGAAUUAGUGGUUUAGAAAGGCAGCGAGCACCUCUGGGAACACGAUCCUGAGGCUGAG